CUCCAAUACAUCUUAUAAAGAGCUACCACGAGCUCUCUCUCUUUGUUUUUGAACGACUCAACUUGAAACCCCCAAAUAGUUCAAAUUCGUUGAACUUCCGAUCUCGCUAUCCCAUCUUCCCACAAGAACAAGAAACAAUCUCAAACCGCCAUUAUGGGAAUCUGGUAUCACGUAGCAGAGCCGAAUGCCUACCUCGUCAUCACGGGUGUAGGUAUCGACAAGGUUCUCAUCAAAAAGAAGGCAUUCGUCUACCCCUUCCAAAAAGUCUCCAAGAUCAGCAUUACGCCCUUUGACUUCUCCAUGGCCUUGCAAGCCAUGACAGUCGAGAAAUUGAAGUUCUCGCUACCGGCUGUAUUCACUAUCGGUCCAGCUGAUAGUCCUGGAUCGCUGGAGAAGUACGCUGUGCUGCUGACCGGCGAGUCUGAUGGACGGCCUACGGCACCUGCAAACAAGGGCGCUGUCACGGUCGCCGCUGGACGCAACCAUGUUCAAGAUAUCGUUAAGGGUAUCAUCGAGGGUGAAACGCGUAGUAUCGUUUCCACCAUGACCAUGGAAGAACUGUUCCGCGAGCGGAAAGUGUUCAAGGAUAAGGUCAUCCAGCAGGUGCAGUCUGAACUUGAUCAGUUUGGUCUUUGCAUCUACAACGCAAACGUCAAAGAACUCCAAGACACCCCCGGCUCGGAAUACUUCGCCUUCCUCUCGCGCAAAGCGCACGAGGGCGCCCUUAACCAAGCCAAAGUAGACGUAGCCGAUGCCCGGAUGCGAGGCGAAGUAGGCGAAGCCGAAAAGCAAGGCAAAACGAAGCAAGAAGUAGCAAAGAUCCACGCCGCGACCGCGGUCCUGGAAACGGAGCGCAAAGCCGAAAAAGCCGCCGCCGACGCAAAACUCACAGACAAGGAAAUCGUUAUCGGCAAAGAGCUGAACUUGGCGCGUAUCAACGCGAAGCGCGAGGCGGAGCGUCGCGAUGCGGAACUCAACACAGAAGUCGAGAAGAAGAAGGCGCUCAUGGAGCUCGAAAGGCUGCGUGCGACGACGGUGACGCAGGCUACGAUUGCGAAGGAAUCGAGCCAGCAGCGCGCCGACGCGGAGCUGUACUCUGAGCAGAAGACCGCCGAGGGAAAGAAGUACGCCGAGAUUGCGGAUGCAGAGGCCGCGGCGUUCAGGAUGCUGAAGCAGGCCGAGGCGAACUACGAGGCCAAAGAGCGAGAAGCAGAAGCCGACUACGUGGUCUCGAAACGAGCAGCCGAAGCAGAAUACUUCCGCCGCGAGCGCGAAGCCGAAGCCAAGCACCGCGAAGCAGAAGGUCUAACAGCCAUGGCGAAGGCGUACGGCGAUCUCGCGGGCGUGCUGGGUGGUCCUCAGGGCUUGAUGCAGUACCUGAUGUUGACCAACGGCACGUACGAGUCGCUUGCAAAUGCGAAUGCCAAGGCAAUCCAUGGACUCCAGCCCAAGAUCAAUGUUUGGAAUACCGGGGCUGCUGGAGGUGAUGGUGCGGUUGCGGACCCAUCGGCGCCGAUUCGAAAUCUUUUCCAGAACCUGCCGCCGCUUCUGAGCACGAUCCACGAUCAGACUGGUAUGGCGCCGCCGAGUUGGUUGGCCCAGAUGCCCCAGCAGCAGCAGAAUGGGGGUGAGUCGGAGAAGACGAGGGCGUUGAGGAACGGGAGCGAUGCGUGA